GUAUCUGUUUACCUGGUGCAUCAUUUGCUCGCAUUAUUCAACUAAUUUGUGUGUUUUCAUUUAAAUAUGUCCACAAAGCCUGUUCUAUAUUACGCACUCUUCAGUCCUCCAGCUAGGGCCUGCAUUCUGACUGCUAAACUAAUUGGUUUAGAUGUUGAACUUAAAGCCGUUGAUUUUUCAAAGAAGGAACAUUUAAGCGAUGAGUUUCUAAAACUCAAUCCACAACAUCAGAUACCUGUUUUCGUGGACACAGAUGGCGAAGUGUAUGUGGACAGCCACGCGAUCAUCUGCUUUAUGGUUUCCAAAUAUGGCAAGACCGAUCAGCUCUAUGCCAAGGAUCUUAAGCGUCGCGCGCACAUAGAUCAUCGUUUGCACUACGAAAACGGCGUACUCUUCCAGGUGAUCAAGGAUAUUGUGGCGCGCAACAUUUAUGGCGGUGAGGCGGAGUACAAUAAGCGCAGUCUGGAGCUUUGCCAAAAUGCGUAUGAUACAUUGGAGCACUUCCUGAAACAGGGCAGCUUCGUAGUGGGCAACGAAUUAAGCGUGGCAGAUAUAUCAAUACACACCACGUUGAUUACACUGGAUCUGCUGCUGCCUGUGGAUCGUCAGCGUUACCCUAAAAUUGGUGACUGGCUUCAACGCAUGCAACAGCUGCUGCCCGACUACGAGGAAGUGAAUAUGAAGGGAGCCAAGGCGCUGCAGCAACGCAUCGAAGGCUGCAUGGCCGAGCACAAAUCCAAGUCUUAAUUGCAAUACAAUUGACAAUACAGUUGAUUAAAUUUUGUUUAAAUAUGUAUAUACAUGUAUAUUUUAAAUAGAAUAUUUAACCGAUUUUUAAAGCUAAUUGGAUUAAAUUCUCACUAUGCUAA